CCCUCAACCCCCAUCGUCCCGGAUGCCCCCGUCGCGCCGUGGAAGCGCCACAUUGUGCUGCAGCUGCGGCAGCGGGAUCGCACGCAAAAGGCCCUCUUCCUGGAGCUGAUGCCGGCCUGUGAGUGCACCCCAGAGGCGCUUAGAAAAUAGCCAUCGAGGGGGCUCCGGGCCCGGGAAGAGGGUUUGUCUGACUUCUCUGGUUGUGACUCCUGCACACUGUCGCUUUCUCGCCUCCAAACCCUUCUGUGUGCUGGACCACACUGUCUGGCACGUUCCACCUCCGACUGGCCAGAAUUCCAGCCCCUUCCAAUCCCUGCGGUUCACAGGGUAGGGCCUGGCCAAUCCAUUUGGUCCCCAUAACCCAGUGAAGGAACGCCGGGACUGACCAGAGCAGCCCCUUGUUGACCAGUCAAGUGAACAAGUGAAACUGUGAGUUCUAGGGAGGAAGUUCUGAGUCCCAGGCCCUGCCACCGUUAGGUGGGUCAUGGCCAAGUGAUGGAGCACUUCUGUGCCCAGCCCACCUCGGCCUGGGAUAGAAGCAGGGGACCCCAGGGGCCUGGGAGAGAAGCAGGGGACCCCAGGCUACGUGAGGGAGUUGGCUGAGCCCCAGCAGUCAGUUUGUCAGAGUUGUUCCCGGGCAGCUGGUCCGAGGGGGUGUGGGCAGUUCCAGGAGGGAUGAACAAGUGUGCAUCAGGAUGUAGGGCCUCUGACCACUUUCACUUCACCUGAGAUUGUAUCUUCAGAGCUGAAUAUCUAACCACAAUCCCUCCCACUCCCUCACUGGGCCUAAUCAUGGCUGCUACUUAGCUCCCCCACGCCCCCAAUCCCUUGUCCUGGGAGAUUUCUCUGCAAAUUUCCAGGCUGCUGGUCCCCUCCCUUCAGGGUUGGGAAGCCAGCCCCCUGCCUCCAGGCAGCCUCACCUCACUGAUCUGAUGGACAACAGAAACAUCCAGUUUGAGGGAGGAGUUAUCCACCAUGCUCUGGGAGCUGCAGAGACUGGAGGUCCAGUCUUGCUCUGGGGUCUUGAGCAAGUUGUAUCCCUAUGCCUCAAAUUUCUCACCUGUAAAUUUGGGGUGAUAACACCUUUACACAUGCUGGGAGGCCUGUGCAGUGCCUUGGGGGCUGGAGGAGGGAAAGGAGAUGAGGAGCUAGGCCUGGGCUUACCACUCCUUGCCCCUACCCCAGAAUUGGUAAGAAAAAAGGAAGUGACCAUGGGUGGGAGUGGAAGGGGUGUGUUCCAGGGUCUGUGGCAGAAACUACCAAUUUUAAGGAGGUCUGCUGGAUAAUUGCCUAAGGACUUUCUACUCUGGCUUGGGGGAACCUCACACCAACCCUGGAUAACCGACUCCUGGAGAAGGCUGAGCUGCUGGCCCAGUUCUCAGAGAAGCUGCAGCCGGAGCCCAGUGAUGUCACUCCCACCACCCACCAGGGUCCCUGAUGGCCUACCAGGUGGUGGAGAAGAGCGCAGCCCUGGGCACCCUGGGAUCGGAGCUGGAGCAGCGGCAAAGCAGGCUGGCGGCCCUGGAGGCCAGCGCCGCUCAGUUGAAGGAGGCGCGAGCGCAGCUGGCAGAGCAAGUGGAAGCCUGGCAAACGCUGAAUGCAGCGCAGCUUGCGGCCUACGAUCAACUGCGCGCGCACGCCGGGCUCCAGGAGGCGGCACUGCGCAGACUCGAGGAGGAGGCGCGCGACCUGCUGGAGAAGCUUGUGCAGCGCAAAGCGCGCGCCGCAGCCGAGCGCAACCUGCGCAACGAGCGCCGGGAGAGAGCCAAGCAGGCGCAGGUCUCCCAGGAGCUGAAGAAGGCCGCCAAGCGGACUGUGAGCAUCAGCGAGAACCCAGACACACUCGGUGAUGGGGUCAGGGAGAGGGCAGAGACUCUGGCCCUGCCACCUGAGCCAGAGUCCCAGGAGAGAGAGGCUUGUGAGAAGUGGAAGAGGUCCUUCAGGUCUGCCUCUGCCACCUCCCUGACGCUGUCCCGCUGUGUGGAUGUGGUGAAAGGUCUUCUGGAUUUCAAGAAAAGGAGAGGUCAUUCAGUUGGGGGAGCCCCUGAGCAGCGAUACCAGAGCAUUCCGGUGUGCGUUGCUGCCCGACUUCCUACCCGGGCUCAGGACGUGCUGGAUGCCCACCUCUCUGAGGUCAAUGCUGUUUGUUUUGGCCCCAAUAGCAGCCUCCUGGCUACUGGAGGGGCUGACCGCCUUAUUCGCCUCUGGAAUGUUGUGGGAGGUCGCCUGGAGGCUAACCAGACCCUUGAGGGAGCUGGUGGCAGUAUUACCAGUGUGGACUUCGACCCCUCGGGCUCCCAGGUAUUGGCAGCCACUUACAACCGGGCUGCCCAGCUCUGGAAGGUGGGGGAGACACAGUCCAAGGAGACACUGUCUGGACACACAGACAAGGUGACAGCUGCCAAAUUCAAGCUAACAAGACAUCAUGCAGUGACUGGAAGCCGAGACCGAACAGUGAAGGAGUGGGAUCUUGGCCGUGCUUACUGUUCCAGGACCAUCAACGUCCUUUCCUACUGUCAUGAUGUGGUGUGUGGGGAUCAUAUCAUCAUUAGUGGCCACAAUGACCAGAAGAUCCGAUUCUGGGACAGCAGGGGACCCCAUUGUACCCAGGUCAUCCCCGUGCAGGGCCGGGUUACGUCCCUGAGCCUCAGCCAUGACCAGCUGCAUCUGCUCAGUUGUUCCCGUGACGACACUCUCAAGGUCAUUGACCUGCGUGUCAGCAAUAUCCGCCAGGUGUUCAGGGCCGAUGGCUUCAAGUGUGGUUCUGACUGGACCAAAGCUGUGUUCAGCCCAGACAGAAGCUAUGCACUGGCAGGUUCCUGGGAUGGAGCCCUUUAUAUCUGGAAUGUAGACACUGGGAAACUGGAGAGCAGCCUUCGGGGGCCCCACUGUGCUGCUGUCAACGCCGUGGCCUGGUGCUACUCCGGGAGCCACGUGGUGAGCGUGGAUCAGGGCAGGAAGGUUGUGCUCUGGCACUAGGGCCAGAACUUCGCCUGCCUGGGCUAGAGUGCUGGUUCACAGGCAGCCAGAGAACAGCUUCCCAGUGUUGCACAGGGCUCCAGAGCCAGCCUCCAGAGUCAUCCCGAGGGGUGGGGUAAGAACAGGCUGGAGGAAUGGAGAUGGCUUCAGGGGACUUAGUAGGAAGGCCUGGCAGGACUUGGCCUGCUUCUUUAAAAACAGAGUAUGAGUUGAGGGGAACACUGUAUUUUUGUUUUUUUAUCUCAAUCUCUAAAUUUAUUCCCCAAUACUGGAAAAAAAAUUGCAUUUAAACCAGU